AUGCCGACCUUCAACCCCUUCUCUUCCGUCACCGGACGUAAUAGCUAUAGCCUAUUUGACAUUCGGCUUGACGAGGACUUCAUCGUCUUUCGUGGCAACGAUCAUGAAUCUGCUGGCCAGCUUCUCAAGGGCGUCGUCGUCCUCUGUCUAUCGCAGCCCCUGCGCAUGGAAGAUAUACACCUGCGCUUGACAGGGACGCAUCGUGUCUCCUGGGCCGAUCCGCGAUCUAGCACGCCCGCCGUUGCCGGCCAAAAGGUCGACAAGACGACCGUGAUUCUCGAUCACCGAUGGUCUCCUUUUGUUGGUACUCACGGAAAGAGUAUGACGCUACCUGCUGGCAACUACGAAUACCCCUUCGACUUUACGCUCCCCGGCGACACGUCAGAAAGCGUCGAAGGUAUCCCCGAGGCAUCCAUUACCUACCGACUCAAGGCUACCGUCAGCCGCGGCAAGCUUGCCUACGACUUACACGCCUACAAGCAUCUUCGCAUCAUCCGCACCCUCGAGGCCGGUGCCCUCGAAUUUCUCCAUGCCAUGAGUGUGGAAAACAUUUGGCCCAACAAGCUGGAAUACUCGAUUGUCAUACCCCAAAAGGCCGUCGUCUUUGGCGGUGUCGUCGAUAUGGAAAUGCGAUUCACGCCACUACUCAAAGGCCUCGAGCUGGGCGAGGUGACAGCCAAGAUGAUUGAGACGCGCGAGUGUGUCAUUCAGGGCUCUACAGGCAUCAACAUUCGCGAACACAAAACCGAGCGUGACGUCGCGACCUGGAAGUUUGAGGUGACACGCGAGGAUCAUUGGCACGACAUGAUUGAGGAGACUGGACAGGAGGGUUGGGCCCUCACUAAGCAGCUGAGCCUUCCCAAGAAACUGCGCCAGUGCAUCCAGGACAUCAACCAUCACGGUAUCAAGGUGCGCCACAAGAUUAAGCUCACUGUGGCUCUCAAGAAUCCCGACGGCCAUAUCUCGGAACUCCGUGCCACGCUUCCCGUUUCCAUAUUUAUUUCUCCCAACAUCCCCUUUGAUGAGCAGGGUAAUAUGGUUAGCCAAGCUCCUGGAGAGGCCGGUGUGAGUCAGCAGCCAGCUGGCGCUGCUCCGCCCGGCUAUGGUGAGCAUAUUCUUGACCAGCUUUACGAAGAUAUGGACACGAGUGGCUUCCAAACGCCGGGUGUACAGUCAGGCGUCAGCAGUCCGUUUUAUGCGCAAUCACGCAGCGGCUCGACCGAAAACCUGUACGGCGUGGGGCACAUGUCUCCCAUCGCCCCCGCGGCGCUGUCCUCACGACUGGCGGAUGUCUCCCUGGACCCCUCGCAGCGCAGCGUAUCGUAUUACUCUCUCAACUCCCUCUCGGGGCGCGUGUCUCCCAACCACGGCACCGGUAAUAGCACCGGCUCGGCGGCCCGAUCGGAACCCCCGUCGUCCAACAACCUGACACGACACAAUAGCGAAGAGGAGGGUUCCGAUCGGGCCUCGACCGAGCACGCUCAGUUGGACCCUGGGGAGUUUGCUGAGCUCAAUCGCGUACCAAGCUAUGCUACAGCGGUGCGGACACCGGCCCGCUCGCGCGUACAGGCGGCGGGAGGGCCGCUUCCCGACUACCAGACAGCGCUCAGCGCCCCUUGCACGCCGCCAGCGACAGAGGGCGGUCAUGAGAUUCUGUCGCCUAUUGCCGAGCGUACUACAGAGGAGUACAACACGAGGCGCCCAGAAAUGUCGCGAAGCGCUUCAAGGCGCACCCACAGCGCCGUGCCGCUUUCUGCGUAG